GUAAUUCACGCUGUCAGCGAACGAGACGUCAACGUGUUGUUACCGGAGGUGGAAUGCAAGCGCUUUGCGAGCCGUAUCUUUUAGCAAACAAUUUUACGGACUAAAAUCGUACGGCUUUACCACCUUGUGUGCUCCGUUUCAUAGGCAGAUUAUCGAAUUUACCAUGAACAGGUAGCGUAGCACCGGACGAGCACUGAGGCAAGGCCAACACAGUCGAUACGGCACGACGAUUUCAAUGUGCUGAGUAGGUUCGGCUUCCUCCUCGUGGUAGAAGCGGUAGUGGCAAAAUAUAUAAUGGAAGAUGAAGACGAUCCCGUCGUGGAAGAGGUUCCGAUACAUCUGAAUAAAACGCUUGCGGAAAAUUUGUACGUACUGCAGUAUCCGCACAAGUCAGCGACAUCAACGUUCGAUGAUGGGCAGGUGGUGAAUUGCUGUGUGAAACCUAUCAAUCAACAGAUCAAAGUAGACUAUGCACUAAACACGGCAUCGAAGAAUUAUGACUCCUUCAAGGGGGAACAGUUUGCACUCGCUGCCGACGGCAAGCAGCGAGACAAAACGCAGAAGCUUACGUUCCACAGCGGAACGAUGGACAAACAGUCGUUCCUGAGCACGAAGCCGAUCGACGAUGUGAGCCGCUAUCUGGUGUGCGUCCUGCAGGACGGCGAGAUGCAUGCGACCCCGCUCAAAUGUAUCGCCUUGAUGCGGCAAACGUUUUCCUACUUCGACAAGCAGGACAAGCGCACGAAGGCGGAGCAGAAAGCGGAACAGGAUGCGGACGGUGUGGCCGAGGAUGAGGAACUGACGCAGGUGACGGUCAAGUUUGCGCGGCAGGAAAAUGAGAAGGUGCGCAAGGCGCGCGAGAAAUCGUUCAACUACCUGUCCAAGAUGGAGGCGGAAGAACCGUGGUGCGAAACGUUCUGGCACGAGAAAACCUCCGCCACGGCGGAACUGGAGCGACAGAAGCUGGUGGGUAGUGGUGGUGGGCCGAGUGGAAGCGGCCGGUUCGAGACGGACAAUGCGGCGCUGAACGUUAAGCCGGUAGAGUACAUGGAUAUGUUGAUUAGCAAGGAGAAGACGGACCGGAACAUCGAUUCCCUACUGCCCAGCAGGGUGAUCUGUAUGCACAAGCUGAAGCAGCUCCCUUUGCAGGAACAGCUGAAAGUCAUUCUCACCGAUGCUAAGGUGAUCACAUCGCAACAAAUACUCGAACUGCUGCCGGAUCGAACGUUGGCCCCGGAGAAGGUGCGCCGAUUGCUGCCCCAGGUCGGGUGGCUGAUCCGUGGCAACUGGGUCGUGCAGUCCGAGUACAUCUACCCCGACGGUAGCGUGUCCGGUACGAACGGUGUCGCGGCGGAACAGAUGCGCAAGGCGCGCGAUUACAUCAUGUACCGCUUUACGAAAUGUGAUAAACUCGAGCGGCAACAGUUGGUCGCCACCACGCAGCUUCCGGCCGAGGAGAUACGCGAAAUACUGUGCACGAUGGCGAAGCUCAACACGGCCGACCGUACCUGGAGCAUGCUGCUGCCACCGAACGAAGGGUUCCAGUGUGUAGACGAGCAGGAGAUCAGUGACCGGCAGGGCGCAUUCUGGACGGCCCGGUCCGACAAGUUUAACGAGAUGGAACGGAAUAGCAGCGGCGGCAGUGGUGCAGGUGCGUCCACAUCGAAACGGGUCCGGAAGCGUUCGACACGCGAUAGUUAGCUAGCCCCCGGACACAGAUAUUGUAUAAACACACGCUGGACGGAGACAUGCUUGGAUAAGGUUCGUUAAGUGGUGCGCGCAUAGCGGCAAGAGAGGACAGGUGUGUUUUCGUGUCGUGUUUUCAUUUCCGGAAGGCGUCCCGAUCUAGCCCUUUACGACCCCUCAGCCCCCUCAUCCGCUUCCGUCUGCCAGGCAAAAUACGAUUAAGUUUUUUUUUUUUAUUUAUACGAAAUACACGUAAAUAGCGGAACCGUCA